UCUAUAAACCUCAGGCUGCGCUUGAUUCGGUGCAUUGUUUCUGCCCUCUCAACCGAUUACCUUGUGACUAUUCUUUAUAACAGAUAUUACUGCGCGUUUAACAGUCAGUUUUGUGGACUGCGUUGUGUAUAAUACAUAUAUGUAGCAAAAUACAGCACAGUGGUGGUUAUUUUGCCAUAACGCGCAUAUAAUAACCGAUAAUAGUAUGUGUUAACGCGUUUUAUGAAUCUUGGAUAUAUUAAUGGAGUUAAUACGUUCGAUUUAAUACAUAUGUAUUAUAAUCAGUGCAUACACAUAAAACGCUGAUGUAAAUAAAUCUGUAAAUCGUACUUACUAUAAAAAUAAAAACUUUCAACCGCUGUAAACUGCUACAUUUUAAGCGCUACAAUAAUAUUAUAAUUGUACCAAACUGUCAUACGGAUAUUGGAGAGCAAAAACGGAAUCAGUGACGGAUUUGUCAAUGUUAUCAUCUGAUGUGUUUUAUGCAACAAUAUCUCUAAAUGUUUCAAACAGUGAAUGAGCAUACUGUGGAAUCGAAGAACGCAUUUUAGAGACGAAAAUAUGUGAAUAAUAUAAAAGUAAAUGUAACUCAGUUUUAUACAACUAUUUAGAAGUGUUUAAAUAAGAAUUUGUUGAAUGAGUUAAUUUGUUGUAAAUCAUGGAGUAUGCUUUCAUUUUGUAAUAGUAUAAGCAAUAUGGAGUUAAGAAAUCUCAACAUACAAUAACUCAGCUAGUUAAUAAUAGUCAGUUUGUAUGAAAAAAAAAGACAAAUACUAGUUCUGUUAGAAUCGGAUUUGUGUAUUGGAAUCUAAAUUAUCUCGUUGAUUUUAUAUAGACAUAGACAGGGAACGUGGAAUAACCAUGGAUAUACUAUCAUUCCUAAGUACAUUGUGGAUAUGUGGCGUUUUAAUUCCAGUAGUCAAAGGCAAGAUCAUGUGCGCCUGCACGACGCUGGACUGCUACGCGGAAAAACGCCGCGUCUGCGAGGCGGAGUACUUCUGCUACGUGGAGAACCUGCACGCGGUGGUCACGCGCGGCUGCAUCAACGACAAGGACCCGCUGCUAUGCGAGAACCGGCGCCCGACGAAGAUCGGUAAACUUGACUACCCGCUUCUGCACUGCUGCAACGACGACGACUACUGCAACCGCGACGUGGUGCCCGUGCGACCGACUGAUGAUCCUCCGAUAACGCCCGUUGUGCACGUUACGUCAUCAAAAGACGAUGACGCCAAUAAUCCGUACGUCAGAUACGAAUACGAGGACAGCGAGAAGGCCAAGACGCCGUGCCCGAGCAGUUCCGACUCGAAAAUGAACCCAAUCUACAUCGCCGUACCCAUCGCCGGCCUCUGCGUACUGCUGGCGUUAAUCAUAUUCGCCAUGUACCUGUUGCGGCGUAGAAACGACAUGUACACGCAGUACGACGCCUUUAGAUAUCAGGAACAUUUGGCCAAAAUGGCGGCGAAGCAAAACGCGGGGAAAAAUACUCAAUCUUGUGAGGUAUCAAACCGUUGUACGGACAGCGAACGCUCCUCUCAAGGGAGUGAAACUAAGUUUUUCUUGAACGCUUGAGAUUCGGGCUUAGUUCUAGUUUGGUUUUUAAAUUCAUAAAUGCUCACGAGAGGCGUUAUUCGUCGUGCUGUGUCACGAAUGAACUCUGUUGGUGGUGGUGGUGGAAAAUUUAAAAAUGACGUUUCGUGACGUCAUACCUACGUUGUGACGUCAUGGCGUCAUUUGUUUAUGCAGCGGUGGUGGGAUAGAUUAUUCAUUGCCAUUUCACAAAUUACAUGACAAUGGUACGGGACAGAACCAUGCGGUAGUUGCAAUGACGUAGUGCAUAGAACGGGGUUAGGAACGAACGACAGGACGUCUAACGCGUAUAAACGCCGCGCAACAGAAAACGUCAAAAGUAAUGCUUCGGCGUCCAUCUAGGAAGCAUGUUGAGGCACGUACUGUAUGUGUAAGGGAACUGUGCCUAUUCACGCGUUUGUGCUAUUUGAGCAGAACUGGACUUUGUGAUACAUGGAAGAGUGCAUAGUUAUGAGGGACAUAAACAAAUGUCUCUAAAAAUCAUUACGGAAAAAACGGAUUAAUCUCAAAUAGUAAAUGCUGCGCAAGAAUGCAUACACAUUUGCAAAUUUUGCUGUUAAUGUACCUUUAUAUUAUAUUUGGGGAUUGCUCUGUGAAAAGGGGGUUUAAUGCAUUCCCGCUUUAAUGGUAUGUUUAAAGAAAGUCGGUUCUAAGCAAAAAUCCAGUUUUGGCGGAAAGUGUCGUCCCUGAUAAGCACAGGCUAAUCAGGGACAACACUUCACGCAAUGCAUUAAACCCCCUUUUCACAUAGCACGGCCCAUUUGUAUAAAAUUCCGCCUUAUUGUGAUGAUGAACAUUUUAGUUAUUGGAAAAACAAGCUUCAUUUGUGUAAGCCUUGUAGUUUACGGUUCUUAAAACAGUGUUAUUCGGUUAAAUGUAUGAACUGGUCACUUUUUGUUUAUACGGCGACAUUCAAAAUCGACCAAUGAAACUUGUUUGGUUUAAUGUCAUCAACGUAAAUGCUACAGUGCACAGGGUCGUUUUGCUAAGAUUAAUAUUAUACGGGACAAUUUUUUAAAGAUAUUUAAAUAUUCAGAAUAUAAAUAUGUAUAUCUUUUACUUCGGAGCAAGAGCUUUCAAUAAAAGACUUGCGGAUGGAAACAACAAUUUGUCUUCCGAUAAUGUUUCUAGAGUGUGUCUUUUCCUACAUUGAUCUUAUCGUAUGAUCGCAACGUCCGCGCAGAGAUUUGACGGGAACCAGCAUAGCUGAAUCAAAUCCCUGCCUUCAUAACCAACCACAUGAUGAUAGCCUAGCCACGUAGAACAAGAAUUUUACCGUUGUUAUUUUUACUUUUUUUUUAAAUUCAGGUACAUGUUAUUAUUUUUCUUAUAACAAACCUAAACUUAUGCACUAUUUUCAAAUUGUAAAAUAAAAUGAUACUAUUGUUCAUAAUAUAAUACUUAAACCAAUAAAAUAAAAUCCUACCAAAUCUGGUAGGAUUGUCUUGAGAUGGCAGAGAUUGUAUGUUAGAGCAAGGAACGACGACUCUGCGUGAAGAUUGGUAUGAUCGCUGAAAAAGCGGGUACCAAGGUGCUCCUGGGCCCGUAUUAACCAAACUGUUCUUAGAUUUAAGUCUAAGAAUAAAGAAUAAUUAUAUUAUGCUUUACAUUGAUAUAUUUAAUAAUUGCUUGAAUUGUUAGUAAAACUUGUUAUUAAACACAUCUAUCUUUAUCAUUCUUCAUGUUGAACAUUUUGUCAAUGACAUAAUUACCAGUGGAUGCAUGUAUAUAUUCAAACACUGAAUGCAUUUAUUUGGUUCCAGGUCUGGUCUUUAUUCUUAAGUCUAAGCAUGGGUUGGUGAAUACGGCUGGUAGUUUCAAAAUUUCACGCUGACACUGUUUGAUUGGUCGAUUUUGUUUUACAUAAGUUGAAUCAUGCACGACGUAUUAACGUUUGGUGUUUAUAAAGAAACGACAUAUUUCUCUAAAAGUUGAAUUUAAAAACUAUAUAUUAUAGAAUAUGUCCAAACGUAUUUCUCCUUCGCCUGUUUGUAAUUGUUUUGAUAUUUAUUUCGCGUUUUUAGUAAAAUUGUAUCAGGGUAAUAGAUGUCUUGUUUUUGUAAAACAAAUAUACUGAUGGUAUUUUGUAUUUGCACGUGUAAUGAACUGAUCAAGAGUCUGAAUAUGGUUAAUUCUCGCAGGUUAUUAUAUAUUCAUAUAAAAGAUUAUAUGUGUAUGGUCAAUUCUCGCAGGUUAUAUAAAUUCAUAAUAAAGAUAAUAUGUGAAACAUGUUAUUUUUACACAUUCAAAAGCCGUGAAUGCUUUUUUAACAGUUUCAGUGCUGGAACCGACUUUUGAAGGCUUUUGCAAACAGUUUGGAUUCAGAUGAGACGCCACAGAACGUGGCGUCUCAUCAGGAUCCAAACUGUUUGCUAUUCUGAUAGUAUUCUUUGAAAAAAAUCGAAGAAAAUCUUAAUUUUAGAAAUUCAGCAAACGACAUUUUAGCAGACGACAAAUUACCCAGCAUGCAAAGGGUUAAUAUCUCAUCGGUUAUGAAUUGGACGUCUUUGAGGAUAGAUUCUAUUACACACAUGUAUACACUCAGGGAAUGCAAUAUUUGUUGUAAAUACCAUACGUCUCAUCUUUUAUAAACAUGCACUUGUAUAAUUGUAUGAUAUACGAUUGAAAGCAUUAUGACUUUGAUUGAUUUUUUGUUUAAUGUUUAUGUAUAUUUCUUAUAUCAUAAUUAGUUCUGUCUUUAAAAAAAAUGCGUUUUUUCUUCUCAUUUUAGCUCACCUUAGCACAACCUGCUCAUGGUGAGCUUUUGUUAUCGCCUUUUGUCCGUCGUCUGUCGUGCGUCGUCAAAUUUUUCCUUGUAAACGCUAUAGAGGCCAUUGAAAGAUCGUGUUAAAUCUUAAGAAGUCACAUUUGUUGUCCAAUGUUCAUGAAACUUGGUCAGAAUAUUUGUUCUAAUAUUAUCUUGGAUGACUUGGAAAAUGGCUCUGAUCUGUUGAAAAACAUGGCCGCAAGGGGGCAAGGCAUUUUUUCGCUUACAUGGUUAUAGGUUAUAGUAAACCUUGUUAACUCUUUAGAAGUCACAUGUAUGGUCCAAUCUGUAUAAAACUUUGUCAGAACAUUUGUUCCAUUGAAUGAUAGCUCGGCUCAGUUCAACAAUGGUUAUGGUUUGUAAAAAAUAGGGCCGCCAGGGGGGGGGGGGCAUUUUUCCUUAUAUGGCUAUAGUAAAAAUCUUGUUAGCACUGCAGAAGUCACAUUUUAGUCCACUCUUAAUGAAAGUUGGUCAAAACAUUUGUUCUAAUGAUAUCUGUGAUGAGUUCGAAAAUGGUUCCGGUGGGUUGAAAAACAUGACCGUCAGUGGGCGUGGCAUUUUUUCCUUAUAUGGCUAUAGUAAACCCUUGUUAAUUCUCUUGAAGUCACCUUGAUUUUGACGUAAGGAUACAUGGUCCAAUCUUUAUAAAACUUGGUCAGAACAAUUGUUCUAAUGAUAGCUCAGCUAAGCAAUGAAAAUGUCAAUGGUUCGUCGAAAAAUAUGUCCUCCAAGGGGCGGGAACUUGGUCUGUAUAUGGCUGUAGUUAAACCUUGUUAACAAAAAAAAAGUAGUCACAGUUUUAGUCAAAUGUUCAUGAAACUUGGUAAGAACAUUUGUACUAAUGCUAUCUGGGCGGAAAUGGUUCCCGUCUGUUGAAAAACAUGGCCGCCUGGGGGCUGGCCAUUUUUCUUAUAUGGCUGUAGUAAAACUUUGUUAACUCUCUUCUUGAUAUUUUGGCAAAGUUUGAAAAUAGUUUCAGAAACAUCUAAAAAGUUGCUGAUAGCAGUUCAUUCCUUGAAGUCCCAGGUGAGCGACCGUGGGCCCCUGGCCCUCUUGUUUGUAUUUCAAUUUCAGUCGCUUAUUCUUUGUGGCGGUUAUGGUUGAUGUAUUGCACAGUGUAAUCUUGUUUGAUGGACUGGACGAAAUGAAGAUGUGUCAAAAUAAAUAAAUAAAAAUAA